AUGGUGGCAAAUGGGUCCCUUGGGAUCGCGCAAGUUGGCUUAAUGUUAAAUGAUGGAAAGAUAGAGGAAUCAGUAUCAUGGAUGUUUGAAGCAAGUGAAGCUCACACCAAGACUACUUCCAAUGUUGGAGUCAGGGCUAAUUUGAAAAUUGAUGUGAGUGAGGAGCUUGUGCAAGUAUCGGAUAUGGAGGCAAGGGACCUUCGUAAGGCAGAAAAUACUUUAAAGUCUCAGAAGCAAGAAUCUUCAGUAAGCCAACUAAAGCCAGAACAGUCUGCUAAAAUCAGUGGCCUGAUGAGAUCACAGAGGCUGCCAUCUGUUUCAGUUUCAACCCAGCAAAGACAAACGGGUGAAGGAUCAGUCCUUCUGCUAAGUAUGCUAUGGCCCUCCACACAAGUAUCAUCCCCAUCUGUUAAAAUAGAGGUUCAGCUUAGUUCCUUUGGGAAUAAAGGGAGAAUGUUCCACCAAGGAAUGGAUAGGGACCCAGUAGUCAUGAUGCAGCAGCAUCCACUAUUUAGAAAUGGUAAGCAAGACCCUAUUUCUAGGGGAAAUGCCUCACCUUCAGGGACACGAGGUUUGUAUGCAAACAAUUAUCCAGCAGCUGAAAAUGUAAGGUCAAAUAGGAUGUUUCUACAAAACCACACAAGAGGAAGUGUGGCUAAUGUGAACAUGGACCAGUUUUACCAAGCUUAUUAUAAAGACCAUCCCUAUGUGUUUGGACAUGUAGAUUCCUCAUCAUCUGGGGUGGGGUUUUUUUGUAAGCCAAUGCAUACUUCAUCACCUUGGCCUUCAAUUCGGUUGAGCACAAAUGCACCUUCACCUUCUCUUACAGUUCCACCUUCCCUUGGACUAUUUUCUGGUCAGACUGGAGCAAGAGCAUUCAGCUCACAUUCACAUGUGGAUUGGAACACUGGUGGCAUGAUGCCAGAGUUUGACUACACCAGAGUUGACUGGACUUUGGAUUGCACUUCCUUGUCUUCUAAACAAGGUGGAUUGAGGUUAGGGAUCUCAGCAAACAUUUCAGGUAAUAGAAUGAGCAAUUCAUGCAUGGCAGGGCUACAAAAUGUUUGCAUGAGUAGGAACACUUCAUCCUUCAGUGGUUUGAGAGAGUGGACAUCCCCUUUUGAAGGGAAUGACAUAUUCAGUCUUCCUAGGAGCUUUGUUACCUCUCCUCCUCUCAUGAGACUGUAG